CAGAUCAGUGGUCAGUGCAUAUACAUGAACUGUGCGUUUGCGCAUAAGAUAUAGUGAUUAACAAAAUUAAUUCACAUGACUGAGGUCAAAAAGUGAUAACAAAGUUAAACAAAUAAUUACAUCAAAAUUGUUUUGGAACACAAUAAUCAUGAUUUUGAUGAGUAUAACAAUAUGCUGUUUAUUAUUAAAAGUUCAAUCACAAGAUGCAUUUUUAUCGCCAUACUUGAACUUAAACGUAUUAUACUUUAAAGAUAAUAUUCCAAAAGCAGCGUCAUUAUCAGUACCUCCCAAUGGACAAAAUCAAGGAAUAAGAUACGAUGACCAAUCAAAUAACAAAAGACAAUCAACAUCAGUGGAAAUUGAAAGAAGUGCUGAAGUAGGGUAUGCUUCUACUGUAGAACAAGUUCCAAAUGUAAAUAGACAAAAUGUAGGCAGUAGAGAAGUAUCAGCAGCUAUGGUACCAAGCAAAGAAACAGCACAACAGCUAGCAAUGGAACGACUACAGGUAACGCCAGUAACACCAUACAGACCACUUGCACCGCAAGCAGUAGAGAACAGACAGCUCGCAUCAGAAAGAGCAAGUUAUUGGCCUGAGAUGUCACUGGCUAGACCAAGUGUGCCUGUACCUCAAUCUGUACUGGACAUGGCACAGCGAAGACCUAAUAUACCUCAAGCAUUAAAACUGCAAAUGAACACUCUGGGUGUCCCUAAUAUGGCUCAAGUCUCUCCGGCGAUACAAUAUAAGCCUGAGAUAUCGUUAGGUAGGCCUACAGUGGCCAUUCCUGCGUCAGAAUUGAACCGGCCUACUGAUCCUCAGGAAGUCCUACUAGCCCAACCAUCGAGUGCCAAGGAACCUGCAAAACAGGGUUACAAUUCUUUGUUAUAUUCAGUGACGAACUUUGGAGUUAAUUUGUUGAAGAACAUAGAUGCUGCAAGUCCUGAUGAUAACGUGGUAGUGUCUCCGUACUCCAUCACAACACUGUUGGCGUUGGUGCAGCAAGGAGCGUGGGGACAGACGCAGGAACAGAUCGCGAAUGCAUUGCGCAUGACAUCGGAAUCCAGUGCAUCCGCCUACGCACAGAUAACGGGAGAUAUUGAGUCUCGCAACUCCCGCAAUGUUUUGAAGGUCGCGAAUAAGUUGUUCGUGGCUGAUGGCUUUAAUGUCAACCAAGACUUCAGGAAGACUGCAGUUGGUAGCUUUCACAGUGAUAUCACGCCUUUGAGCUUUACCAAUCCAGGCGAUGCGGCUAGCCAGAUCAACAGUUGGGUGGCUUCCAAAACUGAUAACAAGAUUGAAAGGCUUAUUUCACCUGCUUCCCUCGGUUCCAUGACACAAUUAGUAAUGGUAAACGCAGUAUACUUCAAGGGUCUGUGGGAUGCACCAUUUAGAGUUGACGCGACCACUCCUCGGGAAUUCCACCUCAGUAAUGGACAAAAAAAGACGGCACAGUUUAUGCGUAUGCGCAAGACGUUCAAGACCGGUACCGACCCGUCUAAUAAUGCCAACGUUAUUUUGCUGCCUUUUGAACAUGAAGAGUACUACAUGAUGAUUAUACUGCCGUCCCCGUCAAUGAGCAUAAGGAACACCCUCGCUUCUCUCACAGACGCCAGGCUGCUUAGCUACCUCAGCUUCAGCACUAUGGACACUGAACUGGAGCUGCCCAAGUUUACCGCCAGAGCUGAUACUGAUCUCAAGGACGUUUUUGCAAAGAUGGGCAUCACAAAUAUGUUCACCCGCUACGCGGAGCUCAAUGGCGUGGGUUCUUUCCGCGCUUUCUCUCCACAAAUCUCUUCGGCAGUUCAUUCUGCAGUAUUAUCCAUUGACGAAAAAGGGGGUUCAGCUGCUGCAGCCACAGCAUUCGCUGCCGUAGCACUGUCAUAUGACGAACCAUCCAUACGAUUCAGGGUCAACAGACCUUUCAUAGCCGUCAUAUGGGACAGCAAAACCUCCCUUCCCUUAUUCAUGGCAAAAAUCGAAGACCCUCAACCAUAGACUGCACGCUCGUAACCUAAAAAUACUCACUGCUAUAAUACGUUUAAGAAACUAGACUUAAAAAUAAAAAUGCGUAAUUUAGUAAUAAUUAUUAUUUAUAUUUAAUCCGAAUUGGAUCUAGUCUAAUUUGUUCUUAGUCUAAAAAUAUAAAUUAAGUACAAACGA